ACACCGGCGGGGGCGCGUGGCACUUAGGGUCUUCAACAGGUGUCUUGUUCAGCAGCUUCGGUGGCAUGUAUGAGCCAAUACGCGACACUCGUCAUCAGUGCUCCUUCGCCCGCGCUUCGAACUUCGAAAAGGGCUCCUCGUUCAUACUGACCCAAUAGUGCCAGCGCGGUACCACCUGCAACAGUGGCGGGGAAACAAUAAUUGGCAUCCCUCCAUGGGGGGAGGGGCUUUACGGUGAUCCCUCACUACCCCUCAGUGAUACCCAGGGCUCCCUCGGAACACACUGCCGUUCCUAUCAGUGCCCCAGGGACUUCACAACAAUACCGCGCCAAAGAUUCAGUUACUGAGCGAGGAGCGCGCGGAGGCCACGGAGCUUUACCCUCUGAGCAUCACGCGAGUGUUCGAGUUAUUUCUCUGUGUAAUAAAUAUCUGCAACACGAAGAACAGAACAAUAAAGGAAAUCCUUAUAAGUGGAGCUCAUUCAGAGUACGGUGCAGAACAAACACUUCGCAAAAGCCACUCUUAAGCCUGCUUUAAGCCAAGAUCAGUGAAACUGUUUAGCGAUAAUCAGGAAGCGAGAGCAAGAGAGAACGCCGAGAGAAUCUGAACAGGAGUGUCAAGCGCAUUCAUCCAACGCAAAACACUUAGACGCAUGUUUCAUUUGACAGUUCUUAUCUGUGUGAGUUCAGGACAUGGAAACAGUGACCGUGGCAAAAAACGAAACGCUGUAAACUAAUUAAUUCAAGAAAAUUCCUCUGUCUCAGCCGUAAGGAAAAAAUCACAGAGGUGUAGAUGUUUGAUAAAUAUCAUCAAAUAUUUUGACAUUGAACAUAGAGGUCGGUGUGGGAAGACUCAAGCGUUGCAAAAGUCGACAACGAAAAUAGUACAAUGAAUUUUAUGUACUACAAAGGAUUCUCGGACGAAAAACCCAGUUCUUCAUUCAGUGGCUACAAGAAGAAAGCCUUACCCAGAAAGAGUAAGGGCAACAUCCAGCAUGGACAGGAAGGUCACGCUCAGGGUUGCGACUGCGAAGUCUGCGCCUCCGAGUUCCCUCUCCGCACCCACCCCUUCCUCGAUAUGUCCUACUCGAGGCUGAACCAGGACCAGAAGCCGACUUCAACCUCGAGAUUCAGCUUUUUCAGCCGCAAGAAGCCUUCGAGCCACACCCCCGCGCACGCUGCGGCCGCCUUGGCGCUGACACAGGAACAGAGGCGAGCAAGUGCCAGGGCCCAGUUGCAAGCCCAGCAGGAGGCGGAGGCCAUGGCGAGGGCGCUGCAGGAGCCCGUGACGCUGGGCACCCUCAAGCAGGACUCUCUCAUGAUCCCGGUGGCCAAGAUGAAGCAGUUCUUCCCAGCGGGGCAUCCGAUCCCAACCAUUGCGUCACAGGGGCGCCUACGACUGCUCGAAGCCCCUGAACACAACAUCCACGUGGUGUUCCACAUGAUGGGCUCGGCCGUCCAUGUCAACCAAGCGCUGCGUUCUCCUCUCCUCGACUCGUACGCGCACCAGCGGGAGUGCGUCGUCAAGGCAUUCAAGGCAGCCGUGUCCGCAGCGAACGUUGGCGCCGGCACGCUUCAGGGCAUGGUUCUCCUCAACCUGGAACGAGGCGGCGAAAUGGGCGCAGUGGAGUUCCCGUUCAUGAUCGUGUGGUUCGUCGACGGCCGGCAGUGCGACGCCAAUCAGCUGAUCGGCAGAGUCCGGCAAAGCAGCUUGGAGACGCUGGACCCCAUGAAGACAGGUUUCACUUGUUCGCACUACUUUGACACCUUCGAGGAAGUGGCGACGCUAGCUCGGCCUCCUUUAGAGAAGAUGCAGCGGAAAGCCUCCUCGGCCAACACGGGUUACAUCAUCACGGUUUUCAGAGUCUUCGAAGGGAACGACGGCGUCAAGUUCGAGAGGAACUGGCUUGGGUGGACGGGCGCCAGAACGCUGUACAAGAGCCUGACGAGCGAGGUGGGCCUCAAGCGGAUCACGCUGCACAAGUCGUCGCCGCAGAACGGGACGCUCCACUACGUCCUCAUGUGCGACUGCUCCAACUUCCUCACUUGCUUCAACAAAGCCGUCAAAGCCGUCCCUUCCUUGCGGAUGCGAUUAUGUGGAGAUACGGGAUUAUAUAGGCCUAUAUGUACACUCUGAAUCUGUCUCUGGGAUUUUGUUUUAAAUGUAAGAUACUUUUUUCUAUUCGUUGGUCCCAUUAAUCUUAAGUUUGUUAGUGUGACUCAUAAGACCAAAGUGUUUUUGCGAGGGUUGAUUCUUCACGUUAAUUCGCUGCAUCUCAGGUUGAUUUUAUGAGUUACAGAGCGCACUGACAUUAUAUGAUAGGUUUUUUAUCAUCGAUGUGAUGACAAUCAUUGAUUGUUGAAUUGUAAACGAGGAUGUUGAUAUAUACCCUUUUACUUCUCUUGGCUGACCUUGGCUAAAGAGAAUCGAUUUACUGACAAGUGAUGCAUCAGAUUCUGUACAUGUAUGUAUAUAUUAUUAAUUUGUAGUCUUUCACUUUUUCCCAGACGCAGCUCUUGUGGUCUUGUUUUGUUAACUUUUGGUACGAUAUUUACAUGGGUUUUUCAUUCACCAUUUUCUAUAGUUCAUAGUUGUUUUUACUACUUG